CUAAUAAUGAUCCAACAACAAGUGAUUUAUAUGAAUUACUUUCAACACAAUUAAUUACUAUUCCAGCUGGAAAACAACUUGCUCAUUUACUUAUAUUAACACAUCUUAAUGUUAAACAAGAUGUUAAAGAUAGUAUUUUGACAUAUACAAGUGAUUUUUCUGUUACAUAUCGACUUUUAGAACAAUGUGUUCAUACAAUUUUCUAUCUUAUUAGUCGUAAAGUUAAGCCAGUUGAUGCAUGUUAUUGGUCAUUAAUACGUUGUUAUUGUUCAUCAUUACAAAAUCAUGAACAAUAUAAAUCAUUUAUAACUAAAUUACAACAAACAAUAGAUAAACUUAAUUUACGUUCAUCAUCUACAGUUUAUUCAACAGCAUCAGAUGAACUCGAUCAUAAACAAGCUUUAUGGAUUCAAGAAUCUCAACGUAUUCGUUCGAAAUUUAUUUCAUUUGAACGUUAUCUUAUAGAAUUAAUAUUUAAUAUGAUUAAAAUAUUAACACUUCGAUAA